AUGGGGGCCGCAGGAGGGCUGGGGCUGGCCGUGCUGGCGGCCGCGGUGCUGUGCGGGCCGGGGGCGCUAGCCGGGCGCGUCCUCAGCGGCCAGAAGGUGUGCUAUGGUGCCUUCAAGCAUUCCUGUUACAAACUAGCCUAUUUCCAGGACUUGUCCAGACGCGUGGGCUUCCAGGAGGCCCGCCAGGCCUGUGAAAUCGAUGGCGGGGCUCUGCUGAGCUUGGAAAGUGAAGCUGAGCAGCAGCUGAUAGAAAACAUGCUGCAGAACCUCACCAAAUCAGGCUCUGGGAUUUCUGAUGGUGAUUUCUGGAUUGGGCUGUGGAGGAGCGGCGAUGGACUGGCCACGUCGAGUGCCUGCCCCGACCUCUACCAGUGGGCCGAUGGAAGUAUGUCACCAUUCAGAAACUGGUACACAGAUGAGCCUUCCUGUGGAAGUGAAGCCUGUGUGGUGAUGUAUCACCAGCCAACUGCAAACCCUGGUCUGGGAGGGCCAUACCUUUAUCAAUGGAACGAUGACAGAUGCAACAUGAAGCACAAUUUUAUCUGCAAAUAUGCCCCAGAUAAUGUCUUAGAAAAAGAAUUAGGAGACAGAGCAGAGCCAGAAUACGAUAUUUUUCCAACAGUGCCAGCAGGAAAUCCUUAUGACACAAGCAAACCAGAAGAUCAGUAUCAUAUUAUUGCUACUGAAACAGGUAUAAUUCCGAAUUUAAUUUAUGUUGUAAUACCCACUAUACCACUGCUGCUGUUGAUACUGGUGGCUUUUGGGACUUGCUGUUUCCAGAUGCUUCAUAAAAGUAAAGGAAGAACAAAAACCAGUCCAAACCAGUCCACACUGUGGAUUUCAAAGACACCCAGGAAGGACAGUAGCAUGGAGGUAUAAUGAUUUACUGACUGAAAACGAGGCAAAAAUAACAUUUUGCAGUGAGGCUGUAUUAUAAUGUCGUCAAAGAACAUUAGCUUGGAAUGGCUUGAAAAUGCAAAGGAUCUACAAGAAUGAACUGUAAGCUCCCCCUUGAGGCAAAUGGUCAGAUCAUUUUUAUAUGAUGUUUGUUUAUUAAUUCAGUUACAAAAUAUGCCAUGCUAAAUAAAGGGUAUGUGUUUAUUUUGCUAAGAGAUGUAAGUUAGCUAGUUGUGAGCAAUGAAAUGAACAGAGCAUUUGAAGUUUUUAUGGGGAAAUAUCCACAGUGUAUGUCAGUUUUAAGACUGUUUGUAGUUAAACAAAACCCCUCUGUUUCUUUUAGUCUCUCAUGCAUUGUAUUGUAUAGUCAAUGUACAGUAAAUGGAACUGACAAUUUUACAGUGUAACAAUUAU